AUGCCUUACUACGGUGACGGUUUACCCUAUUACUAUGGGGGACCUUUCUCCAAUCACGAAUUUUCAUAAAAUUAUUCGUGUAGACCGCUUCAUUCGCCGCUCUCUCGAUACUCGCCGCAUCUGUCGACGAUCACGGAGUCCCCGUUGUCCACUCUGCGUCGCUACUCACCCGUGGCGAUCCCCACGCGAUCUAGACGGGUGAUCGACACCGCGGAUAUAGACGUGUCGACGCCGAGAAUCCUGUCGCAGGAUGGUGGCAAUCACCAAAGAAAUCGUCUACGACGCGACAGGCCCACGAUCAAGAUCAGGUGUCAAGCGUUGAAGGAUAAUCCCGCUUUGCGGCAGCACAACGAGAAGCACGAGAAAUCUGUGGGUGAAUUGUUGGUGGAGAAGUUUUUGAUCAAGGACAAGAAGUUGGAGGACGAGGAGAAGCAGCAACGUCUGUUCCAUCAGAUCAGUCUGGACAGGGGGGAGGAGAAGGAGAAGGAGAGGAAGAAAGAGGAGGAGGAGGAGGAGGAGGAGGAGAAAGAGGAGGAGGACGAUCGUGACCUGCAACAGGUGAAAAAUAAAAUUACGAGAAGGUUUACAAGGAGACGUUCUUCGGCGGAUAUUCAAUUGGAUGCUGAACAGAUCGAGAGGAAGGUUGCUUACGCUCAGGUCCAGGCGAAGGUAUUGGACACGUUGGUGGCUGAAGAGCAAGCGGAGAUUGAGAACGAGGUCCGUAGAGGGACGUUGAUCAAUAAGGGGAAGCGGAAACCUGUUCCCAGCUUCUUCAGGAACGUGGAUGGUGAUUCCGUGUCGCAGAGCGAGGAGGAGGCCGCGGCGCAAAAGAUGAGAAAGACGUUGAAGAAGAUGAAGAAGAGGAAGAAAACCAUCGAGAAACCUUCGCCACCUGAAACGAACGAGAGUUCAAGGGUGUGCAAUAGCGACGUAUCCGAUUCCAGAAUAAGUGAAAAUGAGGGGAAAAUUGAUGAGAAUUCGAGAUGUUCCCAGAAUAUAUUGGAGGCCGGUAACAGCAUUGAGGAUUUCUCUACAGCCGUCUGGGCGAACGGAAGCGUGGAACAGUUCAGGGAAAGCGUGAGGAUACCGAUCCCUAAAAAGAUAGAAAAGUUAGACAGGCACGAUGUCCAAGAAGAGGAAGAGGAAGAAGAAGAAGAAGAAGAAUAUGAAGUUGUGUUACCUGUGAAGAAGCCUUACGUGAAGGAUACCUCGAGGAACAGCGUGUACUUCACGGUGAAGACACCUCCGGAUGCGACGAAGAACGACCCCCUGAAGAAAUUAGAAAGCGUUAGCAACAAUGGCACAAAGGCGGGGAAAGAAGAUAAAAUUAAUAAUCGGAUCUUGGAUGUCAAAACUGAUACGAACCUGAAAUCACCUGUUGAGGAUAAAAUGAUUGGGGAGCAAAAGAAAACGGUUGGAAUUCCCGAGGGAACGAAAUUCGAAGGAUCGACGGAGGAAAAGAUUGAGGGAAGGAAGAAGAUUAUCGAUAAGUCGACGAUAAGUCCGUCAUCAAGGAUCGAAGCGAAGAACGUGACGCCAAGUGUUGACCCGUUGGCGAGCGAGAGCAGCGCCAGUGAAGCGCUUCCAUCGGUCGCGGACAGGCUGCCAAAAGCGUCUAAAAUUAAUACGGAUGAAAAUAAUGCCGUAGAAGCGCCAAAGCGUGUGUUACGAGAAGCGCAGUACCUGGCAAAGCCGACGAAAGCCGAGCGUGACGAGGACGUGGUGGUAUCUAAGUUGUCGGAAAAGAAGGUGGACAAAGCCGUGACCUUGAACGCCACCCGCGCACCGGGUACCACUGCUAUUGGGACGGCGGCGAAGACAGGUCAACCUGCGGUUGACUAUUCAGAGAGCCUGAAAAAAGAUAAUACAUCGUCAAACGAUCGUUCUUCCGUCGAUGACGCAACCGGGCAACUCGUGACUAAAAAGAUUAUUCUAGAGGGUCCCAAAGGUGAUACGCAAGAGAGGGAGGUGAAGAUCGGGAAGGAUGAGGUGAAAGGAAGCUGUGACAGGAAAAUGGUUAAACUGGAAAACGAGGAAAUUCCGAGAAAUUCGCUCUUCAAAGUGGCGACGAAAAAGACUGAGAUCAACGAAGAGGGGAUUAAUAAAGCGGCGUUGAAGGGCGUUAACUUGCAGUGCACGCCAAAGAUUGAGGAAGGGAAUAAAGAAUCGAAGAUUCCAUGGAGGGAUAAAGUUUCCAAGUCGACGAUGGAUCAAAAGUCCUUGAAACAAUCCAUUGAUGAGAAUUUGACGAGCAAAAUACCUUUCGAGAGACCGAUUCUUAACGGGGAAGUCCAAGGAAGCUUGUCCAAAAGUACGUCUUCGGAAUCUAUAGAUUUCUGGAGCGAGAUCAAGGGACCGGACAGCCCUAAAGCGGGAAAGUUGUCCAACAAGGGAUUCAGUUUCAUCGGUUCCAAGAGCUCGGAGCCAGGUCGAGGGGUCGAGGACCUCGGAGGCGGGCAACUGGACAAGAAAAAAGAGACCGAUCCUAAAAUAAGCGUCGCCACUCCGCCGACCGAGCUCAGUAAUAUCCACGUAAUCGAGGAGGAACGGAAGACCGUGGAGAAUUCGUUGAAAUCCAAGACCGAACGCGCAACAUCCACCAUUGAAACGCCCUCAACCACCACGGAGAGACCUGAAUUGGAUAAAGAUGAUUCGAUUCCUAAGAAAGGGUUAAAGAAAAAGAAGAAUCUGUCCAUAAAUAUCAACCAAAUCCAGAUAGAAGCUUACUCUACGGUAAAGAAAGCUCCUUCGAAGAGGGAAGAUUCCUCGACCAUUUCUUCCAAAUCGGUUACCAGCACUCCGGAUACCUCCGUUCCAGCUUCCGAAGUUUCUACCCCAAUCGCAGAGAUUUCUGUCCCUAUAAUAAAUAUCGAAAACGUGUCCACACCGGUCACCCUCGAUCCUCAAAUUUUGGACGAGGAAAAUGAGCCCAAAACACCUACUAACGAAUGGGCGGACAUUGAACAAUCGAAGAUCUCCAAGUGGAAUAAUCAGAACGAUCUGUCCAAUCUUAACUGUGUUGAGAAAGAAGUCGGUCAGGAACCUUCCAAGGAUAUCAGCGUGAAUAGCAGCCCGGAAGGAAGUCCGGAAUCCUCUAAGAAGAAAAAGGUGGUCAGAAAAAAGAAGUCUUCUACGAUCAAGAAAAGUUCUACUAAAAAAGAAUGUAACAAAGACAGCAAAAAGAAUACUGCUAGCAAGAAGAAUUCCUCCAAGAGUCAAGAGACGUUGAAGCCUGUUGAAGCAAAGGCUUCCUGUAAAAAUAGCCCUAAAAACAUGCCUUCUCAACGCCCCCUAGAUCUCAUCAGGAUGUUUUAUACAACUCCAUCAGCAUUAUUAACCGCAACACCCAGAGAUUUGUCUAAAGUUCGUCGAGCCAAGAUUAAGAGAAGAAAGCAUCAUUCCAGGACACCAUCUGUAAGCAGUGAUAGUACCGGAAGUACCACUAGUACAGCGACCACAGAAAGCAGUGGAUCCACGUGUACGGAGCUUGAUGAUGAUCCAGAGCACAAGAGAAUGAAUUCUACAAGGAGUAACGAUUCUGGCUUCGAUGGCUCACCAAGGAUAUCCACACCUUCACAGUCGUCGGACAACCAGAGGAAUUCAGACUCUUCAGAUCAUUUCCCCAGUGGAAGGAUCACCCCACCGGCCACAAACCUGCCUAGGUUCAAAAAAUACAACGUGACAGACUUUAACUUUUUAAAAGUCCUAGGGAAAGGUAGUUUUGGAAAGGUGUUGUUAGCCGAACUGCGAGGUACCGAGUGUGUUUACGCGGUGAAAUGUUUGAAGAAAGAUGUGGUCCUCGAAGACGACGACGUGGAAUGUACCUUGAUCGAAAGAAAAGUCCUGACACUUGCCACGAGGCAUCCAUACCUCUGUCACCUGUUCUGUACCUUCCAGACAGAUUCUCACUUGUUCUUCGUGAUGGAGUACCUGAAUGGCGGCGACUUGAUGUUCCAUAUUCAAAAAUCGGGUCGUUUCCCCGAACCAAGGGCCCGAUUUUACGCAGCAGAAAUCUGGUCUGGUUUGAACUUCUUGCACAAGAAAGGAAUAGUGUACAGAGACUUGAAAUUGGACAACGUAUUACUAGAUUACGAAGGGCAUAUCAGAAUAGCCGAUUUUGGCAUGUGCAAGCUACAAAUUUUCCUCGACAGAACCGCCGAUACUUUCUGCGGCACGCCUGAUUACAUGGCUCCCGAGAUCAUAAAGGGACUGAAAUACAAUCAAGCAGUCGAUUGGUGGUCGUACGGCGUGCUUCUGUACGAGAUGCUCACGGGACAGUCGCCAUUCUCCGGUUGCGACGAGGACGAGCUAUUUUGGAGUAUAUGUAAUGAAAGACCGUUCAUACCCCGUUACCUGAGCCAAGAUUCAACUGAUAUAUUAAUCGCCCUUCUGGAAAAGGAUUCUGGGAAAAGGCUUCCUGGCCACGAAAUCGCUUUGCACUCCUUCUUCCAAACAUUACCGUGGGAUAGAUUAGAAAGGAGGCAAUUGGAACCACCUUUCAAACCAGCUUUGGACCAUACUUUAGAUACCAAGUAUUUCGACACAGCGUUCACAGCUGAGAGACCGCGACUGUCUCCUGUACCUGAGCAAAUCCUUGCUUCCAUGGAUCAAGGCGUCUUCCGAGGAUUUUCUUAUACAAAUCCAAAUGCAACAGACUGAAAGAAAGAAGAAAAAAACUAUCAAAGACAUGCACGAUAUUCAAGCUUCGUACGUUGACAAUAUUCAACGUGAUAUUUUUAUCUUGAUGUUGAUAAUGUUGAAAAUCGUCUGAAAAUUGAUUCGAACGGAUUAAUAGAUGGUUAUUUUGCAUCUAUUUUUAUAAAGCGAAAGAAACAAUAAUUACUUUGGAAUCUACCAAGACGGACAAAUAACCGAGAAGUCAAUGAAGUCAUUGAUGGAUAAUGACAUACUUCAGAAGAGAAGUAACAAGCGAUUUUACCAAAAAGUCAAUGUUCCUAAAACGCUUCUGGUGAUAGAUAAUAGAUUUUUAUAACGUAGUGAAUAUAUUAUUGAUUAGAAUACUUAGAUUGACCAUCCGUGGAAAUUAAAUGAGAUUACGAUGUU